CAUCAUCAUCAUCACCGAAGAGUCACCCUCUGCAUAUUCCGCCUUUCUUACUAAACACGAACUCUCUCUCUUAUCAUGACUCAUCUUGCACCGUCAAUCAAUCAUUGAAACCAACAAAAGAACCUUGUCAGGUUCCCGAAUAUUGCAGUUACUCAAUCGGUCUCGUGGGGGCAGAAGAAUGAAACGUCACGUUCAAAUCGAGACAACCUCAACUUACACCACGCGCACUCUAUCAUCCACACUCGCACUCGCACACUCACACUAACCCUCACCCUCACACCCAUGAGGUAAUCAUCGAACAGCCCCUUCUGACCUUACCAUCACUCGCACACUAGCCUAUUGGGUGACCGGGACUCCUUCAUUCCGGUCGGCACGGCAUCUGGUCUUACCCGUCAGUCAGGUUCAAGUUCAGGCCCUUUCGCCGGCCAGCGCGGGCCCUCCCAAUCCCCUGGGACCUAAUUUCUGAGCAUCCAACUCCUCGAUAUACUAAGACUCGACGGGGGUUCUCGAUUCUCACUGAGAUCUCUGGUACCGCUUCUCAUUGGCCAGACCCCCAAGCAGCCAUCCUAAGCGCCCUGCUGUCAAUGACCAACGAGCUAAAAGAUCGAACCAUUGACGCGUCCGCUCCCAAGAAUCGCCAAUGUUACGCUUGUUCUAUCAAUGGAAACAUUUCGCGAUCGAAAAAGUCACAUUCCAAUCACAUCAUGAUGUCCGUCUGGUCUCGAAUUCUUACAAACAGCCGCAAUGGUACACCAACCUCACCCGCCGCAUGCAUAUACCCUGGUCGACUUUAAGCGCCUUAAAAAUAGAAACAACGCCGUUACUGGUCAAUUGGCGCGCUGUCGCUUCAUCUGACUGUUUUCGCUACGGUAGCUCGCUGCAUAGCCCCGGACAGGCUCCAAUUGAUCCAAUCACCAGGCUUAGACGGUACACUCACCACCACGAGGCAUUAUCCAGGGAAUCAGCCUUGCAACCUAGACCGGGCUCUUGUAUUACUGUUUCUACCUAAGACCUAAGACAUGAACCAUGUUUCUGCCGUCUCGGCUACCUCUGAGGCAUUACGGAUAUAGCUUUCCAGAUCCUUGCCUGCUGUUUUGUUUCUGCUUACUCCCCUGAGCCAUGUCUCGGGAAGGAUUGCAACGCCUGUCAGGUGUAUCAGAGAGUUCCCCUGGGCGUGGAAGCUCACGUUCCACCAAUACAGGUUGCAGCCUGUUCACGUUGAAGAUAUACACAAUCUAUCAACCCAACGCACGUCAAGCAAUUCUGGGUAUUUCUAAGAAUGGUUGCAUCUACGGAUCUGCAGCUUAUGUCUCGGCAGCUACUUUCGUCCCGGAAGCAAGCCGGUAGGCCAUGACUGGUAAACGAUGCAGAAUCGUGACAUUGCUAGAAACCCGCUGACGUUCAAUUGACUAAACGCAAACACCCUUUCUUUUUUCAACUUCGUCGACAGCCUUCGGCCAUUUGAAUAAGUCCCGCCGACGCCACUAAGACGUUGACAGCCUGCCGAUCCGUAUGGCGCACAUACCACAGUCACCGAUCUGCAUCCAUUGAGCCAUCACCUGCACCAGGCAUUAAAUCACAGCCAUCCGUCGCACAGGAUCAAUAAAACAGAGUUUGGAGGCUCUGUCCCUGAAUUGCCUAAUGUGGUAGAAUGUUUCGAUCCCUGUUCCCAGCCUCUUAGCCCCC